UGCUCCAGCAUCCCAACCACUUCACUGCUGAUCACGCCUGCGCUGUGUCUGACACGGCUCGCCAUGGCCUUGAUGCUGCAGGCAGCCCCAGUGCUCCUCCUGCUGGUCUAUUCUCCAGGUACCCACUCCGCUCCAUCUCAGUACCUGUGUGGCUCCAGCCUGGUAGAUGCUCUCUACUUCGUUUGUGGAGCGAGAGGCUUCUUUUAUGCCAACAGAGGAGAGAGGGACCUCGAGGCCUUGCUGGCUGUCCUUUCGCAGACUUCCCCACAUGAGAAUGCAGUGGAGGGAAGUCCUCUAAAGAAGGCGGAGCUGAAGGUAAAGAGAGGAAUUGUGGACCAGUGUUGCCACAGACCCUGUAGCUUCUCUCAUCUGCAGAACUACUGCAACUGACCAGCUGCUCAGAGUCCUCCAGCCACUCUGCUACUGAUUA